CACGAGAUGUCUCAUAUGGGCCCUCGGGCCUUCAACCACAACCAAAGCCAGGAUACUGAAGCCGAAUAUGACCGUCUGCGAGAUCUCGCGAGACAGGAGGCCUCGAAGCGCAACUCAUGCUUCCAACGGUCCCAAGAAGCAUACACCAGUGGCGACGGCGCCAAAGCCAAGGAGCUAUCGGAACAAGGCAAAGCCCACGGGCGCAAGAUGGAGGAGUACAACAAGCAGGCCUCCGAAUUCAUCUUCCGUGAGAAUAACGCCGAAGAGCACGUCGCGCCCGACACGAUCGACCUGCAUGGGCAAUUCGUGGAGGAGGCCGAGGAAAUCCUAGAAGAGCGGAUUCGAUACGCGAAGAACCAUGGCCAGACGCAUUUACAUGUGAUUGUCGGAAAGGGAAACCAUUCGGCCAACCACGUGCAGAAAAUCAAGCCCCGCGUCGAACAGGUCUGUCGCGAGCUCGGCCUUCAGUAUGCGACGGAGGAAAAUGCCGGCCGCAUCUAUGUGAACUUGACCGGCGGACCGGCGGAUAUGUCCGAGGCACCCCCUAUGCAUCAUCCCUCCGGUGGGUAUGCACAACAACAGCCUCACCACCAGUACCCUGGUCAGCAGUCGCACCAGUACCAGCAACAGCAGCCUCAUCACCAGCAACAGCAAUACCCUCAGCAUCAACAGCAGCAGCAAGAGGGUAACCAGAAUGAGAUUGAACAGGUUGUAAACGCCGUUCUCCCCAGGGUGUUGCGCAAGCUGGAGAAGGCUUGCUGUGUGGUCAUGUGAGCUGGCGGCUGCGGCAAUCGAUCAUUACGACUUGGGUCUGACCCCAUUGGAAUUGGAUACAUAUAAUGUUUGGGUAUAAUAUAGUUUGCUACACAGUAGAAAUAUGCUGAUGUUG